AUGUUUUUAGGGCAUGAUGUGAGUUUAGAUGGUAAUGCUGUCGAACCUUACUAUAAACGUAUCAAUGGUAUUCUCAAAAAAUAUCAUGAAUCUACAAUAUUAAAAGAGUUAUUACAAAAUGCUGAUGAUGCAGGUGCUUCUAAAGUUAUAAUCAAGUUUGAUCGGAGAUCAUACGGUACUGAGAGUCUGCUUGGUGAGAAUAUGAAACAGAUGCAAGGACCAUCACUUCUGAUCUACAAUGAUUCGAUCUUUAAGGAGAAAGACUGGGAGGGAAUCAAAAGUUUGGGAAGUGGAUCGAAAGAGAUGGAUCUUAAAUCGGUUGGAAAGUUUGGUUUGGGUAUCAACUCUGUCUACCAUGUAUCGGACAUCCUAACUGUCGUUUCAGACACGCAAAUGCUCAUCCAAGACCCUCUUGGUUUGGUAUCGGAAAAGGGAUUACAUUUCGAUUUCGUCGAGAAUUCGAUCAGUGCCGAUUAUCCUGAUCAAGCAGAACCUUUCAAACAAUUCGGUUGUGACAUGACCAAUCAGUUCAAUGGUACCAUCAUCAGAUUACCAAUUCGUAGAGUUGGCAGUAAGAUCAAACUAUAUCCAAUCACGGAUGCAGAUUUUCAGCUAAUCUUUAACGAAUUCAUUCAACAGCUACAUGAACUGUUACUGUUCCUCAAGAAUAUUCUAGAUGUAGAAGUUUACGAUGAUAACAAACUUCUAUUUAGAGUGUCUAUAUCUAAUGCAUCAUCUAUUGAAGGCGAACGAACACUUGUUCAUGAUUAUAUAUCGAGAAUCGCCGAUACAAUGGAAGAAUAUAAUAUUCAUAAUUUCAUUGAUAUCAUCAAGAGAAGAACCGAUCUGCCAGUGGGAACAUUCACAAUGGAUCUCAAGUAUGAGAGUGCAGUCUAUGGUACUUCCAGUAUGUCAUAUUGUAUCACUCAAGGACUGGUGAAGAAGGGCUUACAGACUUUGAGAAUGAACAAUAUCACAACCAAACUCAUUCCAUGGGGUGGCGUUGCUGUUCCUUUAGGUCUGACACCACAACAAACCAAGUCAUUCCAAGGUAUACCAUUCACAUUUCUUCCGAUUGGAUCACAACGUUUCAAUAUUCCAUUCCAUUUUAAUGGUUUCUUUGUUCUCUCCGAUGCCAGAACCGACAUUCACUUCUCCACCUCCAACUAUGAAAACAGUGAAGAACACCAAGAGUUUAAAUGGAAUGAGAAUGUUCUGACCAAUAUCAUACCGGAACUAUACAAUCAUAAUCUAUUAAAAAUGAUUGAUAAUGGACUAAUCGAUAAGAAAUCAGUUUAUUGUCUAACCGAUGAUCACAAUGAAGAUAUCUGCAAUGUUUUAAUUCAACGAUCGAAAGUAACAAUUCGAAUUCCAAAUCCACUAUUACAAAAUAUGUUGGAACUAGGUUGUAAUAUCCACUUGAUCACUCCAAUGGAUAUUUGCCGAUUUUUGAAAUCAAUACCUCUCACUGAAUUCAAUGGUUCAGUUCUCAAAUAUCUGCUAUCGAAUCACCAGAUCAUUGAAGGUGGCUACUUGAAUCAAUUAUCCGUAUUCCCUUUACCUAAAGGUGGAAUCGGUUCAAUUGCUUCCAAACAUUUACGUCACCCAAAAAUGUAUUUUACCGACAAGAGUCAGUUCACCAUCUUGUCAAGCCGAAACCCAGAUUCACUAUUUGAUUUCGAAAGGAUGUUGCCAUUCACUGAUAAAAUCAUGUCACUCUCCAAAUACUAUCAUGUUUCGACAAUGGAUAUUACUAAAUUCAUUGAAAUGGUAGAGAUAUCAUUUAAAGAGAUGGUCGGAAUCAAUUUUGUUCUUUCAACUUUACCAGAUGAUUUUAAUUUCGCUGUAUUCUGGGACUACAUGCGUAAUUUCGAAACAUUCCAACUUCCCAAUUUUGCUUGUAUCCCAGUAACCACUUUACAUACCUCAUCGGCACCCAAUGCAUAUGUAGCCCCAAGCUAUCCUAAAUUAAUUCUUGACACAAUUAAUGAACCAAUCAAGUCAAUUGUUUCCAAACUUGGAUUCUACUUGGCAAAGGCGUCCACCAGGGAAAAAUACUAUUUUUCCAUUGAGAAUGUUAAUUCUGAACAAAAUUUUGUCAAUGGUAUUACUAGUACAAUGGUUUUAUCCUUGUCAUCGGAAGACAAGAAUUUAGUUCGAAAGUAUCUUCUCUCUGGUCCUAGAAAUCUAAAACAAUCAACAGCUAUCUUUGCACUUCCAAUCUUUAAUACUUCAAUUGGUGAAUUCAGUUACAUCAAUACCAAAACUACUUGCACCAUUUGGAAAGAUAUUACAAAGUACUGUAGAGGUCAGAAGUAUGUCAUCUUUGAGGAAGAUAGGAACAAUCUACAGAAAUGGCCUACCAAUCUGAACGAUCAGAAUUCCAUGUUGCUCAACAAUAUAUUGCCAUAUAUCAAUUUAUACAAACAAGAUGAACAAUUCUCAAUUGUUAAAUUGGUUCUAAGGAAUGUUGAAUAUUUCAAAACAAAACCAUUCAUUCAGAAGCAGGAAUGGGUACCAAACUCUGGUGGUACAUUGUCAAGAUUGAACCAAGUAUUCAUUCUAUCAACACCAGAGAGAGUAUCACUCUUAAAGUAUACUCAAGAAGGAUCAAGCAAGGUCAUUGUACAACAAUUGACGACGAGUGAUUUAAUAGAUAAAUGGAGAUCAAUAGGAGUGUAUUCUAUUUAUCCUGGUAAAGGUGUCAGCUCAGAUCAUAAUCUUACAAGUGAUUGUCUAAAUAAUCUGCAAAAUUUACCAAAGGAAUCAUUCAAUUCAGCAUUCAAUGAAAUUAUUAGCUUUAUGAAUCAAAAUAUGAAUCUGGUUGAUCAUAACGCAAUAUCAAUUCCAUUUAUUCCUGUUAAACAGUCAAUUAAUAUUGGUUCAAUAUCGUACAAAAGUGAGACAAAAUAUGUUUCAAUUAAUCAAUGUUACAUAGAUUCUGUUGAAGAACUGUGCUACAGUCAAUGUACAAUUGGAGAUAUCGAUACGAAAUCACUUGCAUCACUACAAAAGUAUCUACCAACUCUAAAGAUAGAAACAGUAAUCAGUCAUCUUGGAUAUCUUAUCGAACAAUCUCAAACAACAUCAUCGAAUGAUGAAGAUAAAGAAUCAAUGACUACAAUAGUAAAAAAGAUCUAUAAAUUUUUCAAUGACCAAGAAGAUAUUAAAUCACUCAUUUCAAGUAAACUUGAUUGGAUUUGGUGUGGAUCGAAAUUCGUAUCACCAAAAGAGUUCACUCCUCUCUAUGAAAAGGUCAAAAUCCCGAUGAAUCCUACUUUUAGACAAUAUUCAGCUGUUUUGGAAAUUUUGUUUUCUAAAUCCAAGGGAUUGCCUCUUUCGGAUGAAGAUCUUUCAAUUGCAAUCAAAGUUGCUAAUGAAUUGGCAAAACAACCAGUACCACAGGAACCAGGAAAGAUCUAUCUUCCAUGUACAAGCUUGAAACUUGUGGAGAUUGAAAAAAUUAUUUUCUCAGAAACUGACGAUGUACAUCAAUCACUUCAAUCACUCUCAAUUCUUCACAGAGAUUUGUCACUUAACUUUGCCCGAAAGUUGGGAAUCAAAUCAUCGACGGAUGCCAUCAAACGAGGUAAAACCAUUCUUGGAUCAGAGUUUGGUCAAUUUGAAAAACUGGUUACUCGUUUGAAAAGCAUUAAUGAAGAUUACAAGGUGGAAUCUUUAUUAAAGGAAGUCGUUCAGAAUGCCGAAGAUAGUAAAGCAACUGUUCUCGAGAUUUGUUUGGACAAGAGAAGAUACACAAUCACCGACGAUCUCGAUCCAGAGCUACCAAAGAACUUUGGAAAUUAUCUCGAGCCAUCACUGUAUGUUCCUUCGAUAAUCACACGAGAUUCAUUGUUCAUCUUUGAUCCUCUGAAAUCUCAUUUUUCAGUAGAGCAGAGUGCUGGUCGUUCAUACGAAUUCUCAAUUCGUGAUCAACUUGUCGACACUUUCAAACCAUUAAACUAUCCAAACUUCAAUCUUUCGCUUGACAAGGAAUUCGAACACACCAUCAUUCGUCUUCCACUCAGAAAAUCUGCAUCUGAGCUCUCUUCUAAUAUAUGGACUAUGGAAAAAAUCAACGAGACAUUCAAUAUGUACCAAUCGAGUGCAGAGAAUUGUUUACUUUUCCAACGCAACCUCAAGAAGAUCACAUUCUCUGUCAUUGAAGAUGAUAAUUCCAAUCAAGCAAAGACUCUUUAUUCAGUUGAGAGAAGAGUAACUGGUGGAUACAAUCCAAUCAAUCUUUUUAAUGAUAUUGAAAAUUUCAAUUGGGAAAAUAAAGAAAUUCCGAAAUCAUACUUUAUGGAUAUCAUUACCAAUGGAACUGUUACUAACAAAUGGUUUGUUGGAUGGAAGAUCGGUGCUGAACAAUCGAGUAAUCUCUUCAAGAUCUACGAGAAACUUCAUCAGAAAUCAAUUCCAUUGGGUAGUAUUGCGAUAUGUAUGGAUAAAGAGAUUAUAGGUGUUCCUUUCACAUAUUUACCAUUGCCGAAAUCCACCGAGUUACCUGUGAUGGUCAAUGGUAGUUUCAUUUUGAACUCAGCGAGACAAGAUGUUUUCAACUCUCUCGAGAACAACUACAAACUCGACGACUACAAACCGGAUUCAGAGAAAGAAAAGUCAUUGUGGAACAUUUCGAUUGUUACUGAGAUACUCUGUCCUCUAUAUCUCAACCUUUUGAACAACAUUGAAUUCAAGAAUCACUUUAUUGGAUCAAAGAUCAACAAUUUCUAUUCACUAUUCCCUCAUUCAAAAGCUACUCUUUGGAAUAGAAUAACUGAGUAUUUCUACCAGAACGUAUCGAAAUACUCUGUUUUUUCCAACAUCUACUCAAAUGAUUUUGGUGGUCUCUCAUACCUAUGGAAAUCAUUUGACAAAUCUUCGUUGGUAAUCAAAUCGGAAUAUAAAGAACCUUUAGAUGAUUUAAAUAUCAUAAAACUGCUUUUACAAGACAAAUGUCCUUUAGUACUGCUUCCCGAAGAAGUAUUUGAAAUGUUGCCGAAAGAUGUGGCACCCAUCCAAUUUAACGAAUCAAAUGUGGCUAAAUUCUAUAAAAAAGUUACGGAAAUCAGCUAUUUAUUGUCUAAUCCACCAAGACCUUCACUCUCAUGUAAGGAAAACAUCUUUACACUGGCUAAAUAUGUUCGAUCACUCUUAGAUACUCCAUUUAUGCUUCUCGAAUCCGAACUUACCGCUAUGAAGUUCGACUAUAAAUCCAGCAAACUCAUAUACAAUUCUGAAUAUUUCACACUGCUCCAAGAUGCAGAUCUAUUCAUUCAUCAUCGAUUUACAGAUAAUUCACUACUUGAGAAGCACACCCCAAUUUAUGGUCUGGAAAUACAAUUCCCAGAAUUCUUUAUUCAACACCUCAUUCCCAAACUCAAAUCAUACAAAACAUACGAAGAUUGUAUUCCAAUACUUUCUUCAUUGGUUCAACACUGGGGAGAAUUUAGCCAAUACAAUAUUGAUAAACUCAAACAACUUGAGCUCAUCCCAGUUCUUGGAAAUGAUGGAAACUCUGUCGUGAAGUUUAACUUGGUAUCGAAAUAUUACAAUGAAGAAGUACUCAAACUUAUUCAACCAAAGUAUCAUCUUCCACCAAUCUUUAAUGAAAAUAAUUAUCAAAUGAUCCUCUCAAAAUUGGGUCUCAAGAGUACUUUAAAUACCAAGAUUAUCAUACGGCAAUUCGAAACACUAUCGAAUGAUCCUGAUGCCAACAUGUUUGAAAAGCUAUACAAAUUUAUGACAACCACAUCGACUCUAACAAAAAUAGAUGUUUUCAAUAUCUUCGAAUCAAUUAAAGAUCUUCCAGUCAUUCCUUGUGUCCAAAUCAACAGAAUUGGAGCAGUCAAUCAACCAUUUGCCGCAAUAUCAAAGUCUUCGGAUCCUUCUCAUGAAGAAUAUACAUUCACAGUCUUGCCAACCAGACUAUAUCCAAAUCUUGAAUUUUCUCCCACUUUAAAUUUGGUUACCGUUGAAAUCCAUCUCAAGAAUCUACUUUUGAAUUCACAUAAAUGGGAUGAUUACAAUAUGAUUGAUUUUGAAUCGCUGGUAACUAAGGCAAUAGGAUAUCUUGGUAGUCAAUGGCAUUCCAUCCAGAAACCAUUACCAGAUUCAACAUUGUUUCCAAUUCAAUCACAAUUGGUUCCAAUCAAAGAUAUCAUUUUGACAAAGGAAAAUCUGUCUCCAUUCUUUCUCUCUAUUCAAAGCUCAAUCAAACAAUACGGCUCUAUUUUAGAAGGUUUAGGAUUCACUGGUAUCAAUGAUGAAAAGAUUGUUUGUAAAAUUUCAUCAAUGACCUCUAAAGUCAUAGGUGAAGAUUCCAUUCAAACGGUAAUCACACUUUUGCUACAUCUUCAAAAGGCUUCACCACCAGCACUGAUAGAUAAAUCCUGUAUUCUUCAAUCACAUUCAUUGGUCUAUUCUCGCCCACAUGGUCAAUCUGCUUCCUUACUUGAUAGAUGUCAAAUCACCAACAAACUUUUCCAAGUACAUCCUGAGCUUGAGAGACAUAAAACAUAUAUAAAGAUAUUUACUCUCUCAGACUUGGUUAAGGAAUCUCUCAACCAGGAAUUGUCCAAGGUUGAAAAUGUUUCUUCAUCUACAUUUGUCGACUUCCAUGACGAAGAUAUCAUAGAAAAAGUUAAAAGCAAUUCCAGAAACAGCAAAAUCAUUAAACUCCUACAAGAUCUCAAACUGUACAAAGGCAAAUUGGUCAGUAAAUUCACAUUGGUCAAUAACAACACUGAUGUUACCAAAGAAGCACAUGGAUCAGAAUAUAUCUAUGAUAAGGAGAACAAUUCACUCUACAUUCAAAGUGAAUUCUUUGAUUCUUUCCAUUAUUUGGGCUUCAUUGCUUUGAUUUUCGAUAUCAAUUCUAUGCACCUCUAUACUGAACUUCGGACACACAAAGAUCUAGUUUAUGAUAUCAAUCCAUUCCAUAUCUAUUCAUCUGGUGAAAAAGUUUAUUACUCAUCCGAUAAUAUUUCUUAUAACCCUGCCACCAUCAUCCAAAUGAAUGAAGACAGUAUAGAUGAAUACUCUGAACUUCGAUUCUACUUUAUCAGUUUGGAUGAUGAUGAAGAAUCGGUCUCAGCUCCUUUGGUCCAUCUCUUUAAAGAAGGUACCACCGAUGUCAGCAAGAUAACGAUGGAUCAUCAAGCAGUACAACAACUCUAUGAUGAAGUAAGAAUUAGUUUUGGUGAUGGUUUCGAAUGUAAUAGAAUCAAAGAUUUUGCAAAACAACUUGGAAUUACAAUAAUAUCACCAACAGUAAAUGAAAAUCAACUCGUCAUUCAUCGUGCAAAAAUCAACAUUCUAAAGACCUCUGUUUACACUCUUCAAAAAUCUAAAUACUCAUCGAGCGAACCAAACGAUGGGUAUUCAUUGAUUUUUAAAGAACAAUCAGCUCACGAUUUAGAAGUGGCAAGACAUUGCCAUCUGGGUGGAUUCUACUCUUCCGCCUGUUUCCAUGCUCAACAAUGUGUUGAAAAACUUUUCAAAGCAUAUUGUCACAAACAUGGAAUCUACUUUGACUUGCACAGUCACAAAAUCAACUACUAUCAAAUCAAAGAAGAUAUAGAUUGUAGUGAUGCUCGCAUUUUCGAAAGAUUCUAUAUUUCAACAAGAUAUCCCUCCCCCAACGGCUAUGAUACAACUGCGCCUUUUAAGAACUACAAUGAAAAUCAAUCGGAAGAUGCCAUCAAAAAAGCAUUAAUUUUAUGCCAUAAAUUAAAAGAUUUAAUUUAA